AAUUACUUUGUGCUCGGAUUCCUGAGAACCCAACCACGAAAGCAUUAGCUGUAGACCCUCUUGUAUGGGAAUCCCCUCAGAAGUUCUUCUUGCGUGUAAAGCGGAAAUUGCAGCAGCAGCAAAAAGAUCCAACACCUUCAAACCCAAUCAAGCAGAACAUUCCUCCUUCCACAGCUACGGAAGCGCCAUUAGUUGAAUCUGCUUUUGCUGAGCAGCUCAGGAAUGGUCCGACAGGAUAUGUGGCCAUGGAUAAGGACGAUCAGGAUAAUUUCCUUGUGGAAUCAAUGGAUGCUGAUGAUGAAAUGUCUCAAAAUACAGUGACUAGUACUCAGAAGUUAAACUCCGCCCCUUCUAAAAAUAGGGAUCAGUUAGAAGAAAGGUGGAGGAAUGGAGAAGCCAAAUGUGCUGAACUUCAUGAAGGCAGAAGAGAGCUGCAGCCAAGUAAUAAGGAAGAUGCUCAUGGAGUGGAAGAGAUACUGGAGACUAAUUCUCAACAGCCCUCACAGUGCUUAUGUAGUAUUAUGCUCUCUUCUCCCAAAGUCCACAUUCCAAGGAAGCAAAAGCCAAGAGAAGGCUCUAAGGUCCCUUUGGAUAAUCCUCAUACAGAUCAAGUUGCUGGCAAAGCAGACAAAGAGAAAAAUGUCUGCCUAACCAGUUGGAGAAUUAAAGUGAUGGAUGGUAACACUGCAAUAUAUGUUGAAGGAAAACGGAAAGAUAUGAAAGAUCUGACUUGGCAUAGUAAUGCAAUUACAGAACGCAUAGCACACAACCAAGUGAGAACAUCAUCCGGCAGUAUCUACUUGCUACAGGGAAAUAUAGAUUCAGCUUCCAUGAGGAAAGAAGGAUUUCCCUACCGUUUCAUCAAAAGAUUUAUGUAUGGUUUUUCCAAAAAGUGGAAGGAGUAUGUUGAGGAGUUUCUCGAGGAAAGAAGAAGGAAAGAACAAAAACAAAAUACUGAAGAUGAAAAUGAAGAGAGUGACUCGGUGGUUAUGGAUGUGUUGAAAAAUGCAGAAGACUCAGCAAGAAACGUAAAGAAACCUGAAACCAGAAACACCACCUAUGAAGUAUUAUCAAAGAAUGAUGAAAAUGCUUAUACAACACCAAAGCACAAUUCUGUAUUGAAUGACUCAAACAGAGUUUACACUCGCAGCGGCCGUCUUGUUAAACCCCCGUUAAGUUUCUGGUGCGGGCAGCGUGAGUUUGUUGAUCAGAAACUAAAUGUGACUAUAGAAGAAGGUGGAGUGGAUUAUUUGAGCUUGAUGUUUAGUAGCGAAAAAUCCCAACGGAAGACCAGUUCCGUCUCUAAGAAGAAUAAAACAAAGGAAGUAAUGAAGGGAACAGAAAAAACACCAAAAGGCCAAAGUAAAGGGAAGAACAAUGAAAAAGGAUUAAGUUCCAAAAGAGAAACCAAGUCCACUGGAAGCAAGGAGGCCAGGCAGUUCAUUUCAGAUGAUGAUGAAAGUGAUCGUGCAAUUGAUAGUACAAAAAUUAAAACACAGGUUUCUGUUAAGCUGACUCCCUUAAAUACUGCAGUACUAAACAAACGUGACAACAACAGCAGAAUCCCAGGAACAACAAAGGAAAAGAGAGGAACAGAACAUGGAGAACGGGCUCUGUGUCAGCAGGCUUACAAGUACUCUUUAAGGUCAGCCAAACAACUGCAAGACAAGCAUUUGACAGAAGAAUCAUCAAGCAAAGAUGAGGAAGAGGAAUCCAGUGAAGAUAUCCCACUGUCUAUCAAAAGGAAAAGUCAACCUUUAUUUGAAAAAGAGACUCAAAACUCUUCCUCUAACUGUAAAAGUUCACAGGAUGAUGCAAACAAAGUGUUGUGUGAACAAAGGACAGUAAAACACUCUACUGCCUCCCGUAACACAAUGAGGAUGAGAAGCAGAAUCAACCCUCCAAGGUAUUUCCUUGAAUCUGACACUGAGCCUGAAACCAGUGAAGAGGAAUUUCAAGUAAAAGAAAAGAAUUCAAAAGUAGCGGAUAAAAAACCAAAUUGUAAAGUUUCUAAUACUGCCAAGUCUUCAGCAGCAAAAUCAAGAGAACCUGGGCGGGAAAAGGUGCAGAAAUCUCUAGAAGUUUUUCCCAGUGCAGCUGACGGUUGGUCUGAAAAGGAAUUGCAGAAGCUCUACAGGGCUGUUGCCUCCUUUCCAAAGCACAAGAACGGCUUCUGGGUGGAAGUCGCCAUGGCGGUGGGGUCUCGCUCUGCCGAAGAAUGCCAUCAGAAGUACGUAGAGGAACAACAGGCAAAAGGUUCCAAAAUGCAUGUCAAGAAGACCACUGCUUCAGGCAAACCAGAGCAGAAAGAUAAGAAAGAGCCGGUUAUGAUAACUGCCAAAGUAGGGACCUUCAAAAGAAAGCAGCAGAUGAGAGAUUUCCUGGACCAUUUGCCAAAGGACAACCACGAUGAUAUUUUCACCGCAACGCCCUUUCAGAACAGAAGAGUGAAGUUGCCAACGUUCCGGGGAAGCCGCGACGAUGAUGAUGAUGACUUUGCACUUACGGACAACCCGAUCACACCUUCCUCAGCUGUCUUCCCUACAGUGAAAACCCCUCAGUGUGAGCAUAUCAGCCCUGGUAUGCUGGUACCCAUCAACAGGAACGAUUACGACAGGCAUGUGUUCAGAAUGCAGAAGAACACGCAGGGCAGCAGAGGCACCUGGGACAAUGUCAAGAAGAAGUCGGCUGGAGGCAUGCUUGGGACGCCGGCUUCGCACAGAGCCAGGUUCAGCUUUGAUCAAAGAGUGAAGCAGACCUCUGUUGUGGGGAAGCUCUUUGUGGCCGAGGCAGCAGAUUCAUCAGAUGAAGAACAGGAUGAUUCCUACUUUUCUGCUUAA